AUGUCUGAUUCAAAAUCUUCGUUUCGUGUCAUCGUCGUUGGGGCUGGCGUGUCUGGCCUGGCCGCAGCCCAUGCCCUGCAAAAAGCCGGUAUCGACCAUGUGGUCCUGGAAAGAAGAUCUGUCGUGGCACCACCCGAGGGCGCAAGCAUUGCAAUGUAUCCACACGGGUCGCGCAUACUUCACCAAUUUGGUUGUCUCGAUGCUAUAAAAAAGCAUUGUAAUCCCCCUGGCCGAUGGGUUGCCAGGCUACCCAGCGGUAAAGCGAUCGCCAACAACGGCGUGUUUCGGGUUCUGGAGAAGAAUCAUGGCUCCGGUCUCCUCCUCAUCGAACGAAGACAGUUUCUACAGGAGCUGUAUGAUACACUGCCCGACAAGAGCACAAUAAAGACAGGCCGGGCCAUCAAGGAUAUAAAACAAGACGACAAAGGUGUAGAAGUAAUCCUGAACGACGGGGAGAUAGAACGUGGUGAUUUGGUUCUUGGUUGCGAUGGCGUGUACAGCACGGUGCGCUCUAUUAUGUGGGAUCAUGCGAAUGCAUCCACGCCAGGUUUAAUUUCUGUGAAAGAGAAGCUAACUAUCCGGGCAGACUGGAAAUGUCUAGUUGUCAUGACCAAUGAGGUUCCCGAGCUCGGGCGAAGGGAUCUCACAGUGGUACAUAAUAAAGACUACUCACAUAUGUUUACAAUGACAGAGAAGCAUGGGUAUUUCUUCGUAUUCUUUAGAUUAGACAAACCAUGCACUUGGCCAAACCGACCACGAUACACGGACCAGGAUGCCCAAGAACUCGCAGAUCGAAUCGCCAACCAUCCGAUAUCUGACACGGUAGUAUUUGGUGAGGUAUGGAAACGCCGCAUCCGAGCAAAUGUAGUGAAUCUUGAAGAAGGAGUUUUGGAUCAUUGGUUUCACGGCAGGAUUGCCCUUGCUGGCGACUCUGUUCACAAGGUGACGCCAAACAUGGCAUUUGGCGGAAACUCGGGUAUUGAGUCAAUAGCCGUUCUGGUGAAUCAUCUGCGCAGGAUGCUACUGGAGACGAACCAGUCCAAACUUACGGCCGACUUGCUUGAACAAACUCUGGCGGCAUAUCAAGGCGAACGGGUCGACCGAAUGAAACAGAUCAUGGAAUUCUCCGGGGAAAUCACUAGGGUUCAGGCUUGGCACACAGCCAAAGACAAAUUCAUGGCGAAUUGGUUGGUGCCUUUGUUGCCGGAUAGCUUCUUCGGAGACCAGUUGGGAAGAUUGAUUGCAGGUGCGCCUAAACUUGACUUCGUUGAUGCCGAAGACUUUCCAUCGGGAAACAUGAGAUGGAAAGAUGCCAUUAACGUUGCCUCCUUACAACCACAAAAAGAGGGUUACAGUCCCCCAAGCCGACUGGGCUGGGCAAGUGCCAUGGCGGCUUUCAUCAUGGUUGUUUACAUGUAG